AAGUAGGAUGCAUUAUUAAAGGUUUAACUUUAUUUUAUUCUGUCAUUUCAGGAGAUAAUGGAGGAUGUGUUGUCAAUGCUAAGUAGUUAUAUAACAGACAGCGAUUCCUCUUCAUGUCAUCAGGAUAUCGCUGAUACAGUUUGUGUUUUGGCUUUAUGUGGCUGGAAUACCAGGUGAGAAAGAAAAUACAUUUCUGCCAUUUCUGAGAUUCAAUUCCUGUGAUAUGCAGUUGUCUAUUAGGUAGUUUAGUUUAGGUUUCCUCUUGUAGUAACACUGGAUCAAUAAGGGAUGAACCUUACUGGACCUCUAGGAAGAACAGUUUAGAACUGAUAGAGCUAUCCAGUAUAAAUAAAGUUAGUUUAGUUUAGGUUUCCUCCUGUAGUAUUAACACUGGAUCAAUAAGGAAUGAUUCUUACUGGACCUUUAGGAAGAACAGUUUAGAACUGAUAGAGCUAUCCAGUAUAAAUAAAGUUAGUUUAGUUUAGGUUUCCUCCUGUAGUAACACUUUAUCAAUAAGAGAUGAUCCUUACUGGACCUCUAGGAAGAACAGUUUAGAACUGAUAGAGCUAUCCAGUAUAAAUAAAGUUAGUUUAGUUUAGGUUUCCUCUUGUGGUAACACUGGAUCAAUAAGGGAUGAACCUUAUUUGAUCUCUAGGGAGAACAGUUUAGAUCAAAUUAGUCUGAUAGAGUUAUCCAGGCAGUAUAAAUGAAGAUUAUGAAGGUAGUUUAGUUUAGGUUUCCUCUUGUAGUAACACUGGAUCAAUAAGGGAUGAACCUUACUGGACCUCUAGGAAGAACAGUUUAGAACUGAUAGAGCUAUCGGCAGUAUAAAUAAAGUUAGUUUAGUUUAGGUUUCCUCCUGUAGUAUUAACACUGAGCUAUCCAGUAUGAAUAAAAUUACUUUAGUUUAGGUUUCCUCCUGUAGUAACACUUUAUCAAUAAGAGAUGAUCCUUACUGGACCUCUAGGAAGAACAGUUUAGAACUGAUAGAGCUAUCCAGUAUAAAUAAAGUUAGUUUAGUUUAGGUUUCCUCUUGUGGUAACACUGGAUCAAUAAGGGAUGAACCUUAUUUGAUCUCUAGGGAGAACAGUUUAGAUCAAAUUAGUCUGAUAGAGUUAUCCAGGCAGUAUAAAUGAAGAUGCUAUCCAGUAUAAAUAAAGUUAGUUUAGUUUAGGUUUCCUCUUGUGGUAACACUGGAUCAAUAAGGGAUGAACCUUACUGGAUCUCUAGGAAGAACAGUUUAGAACUGAUAGAGCUAUCCAGUAUAAACACAGAUUAUGAAGGUAGUUUAGUUUAGGUUUCCUCUUGUAGUAACACUGGAUCAAUAAGAGAUGAUCCUUCCUGGAUCUCUAGGAAGAACAGUUUAGAACUGAUGGAGCUAUUAGCUUGCUAUCCCUCAGUAUGAAUAAAAUUACUUUAGUUUAGGUUUCCUCCUGCAGUAAAACUGGAUCAAUAAGAGAUGAUCCUUACUGGACCUCUAGGAAGAACAGUUUAGAACUGAUAGAGCUAUCCAGUAUAAAUAAAGUUAGUUCCAGUUUAGGUUUCCUCCUGUAAUAACUAUUCUGUAUUUUAUAAACAGCGACAGUUCAGGCAUACUAUGUUGUACUGCCUGCCACCGUGAAGCUGGCUUGUGGAAUUUUCAUUCACUGAAGAAUGUUACUUUGAUCAACAACGAUGGUGGAAUGCAGGGUGUUCAGGAGGUUGUGAGGGCUACCGAUGGACAGCAUGGGUCACCAGGGGUAAUGGAGGAAGAUAAACCAGGUAGGGUAUUGAUCAAGAUUGUAGAAAUUCAAUGUGAAAAUUGACUUAAAUUAUGGACGUUAUUAUUGAGACAACUAUACAAUUUCAUUUGUGUUAUUAUUAAUUCUAUACAGGGGAAGUCGCAGCCGUACACGAUAAUGACGAGAUACAAAGAGGUGGUGAAAGUACGCAAGAGGACAUGUUAUGUGAUGUUGGGAUCGUAAGGGAUGAAGAUAGUUUAAAAGCUGAACAGUUACCGAGUAACACUGAAUCUGGAAAUGAUGAACAGGAACUUACUGGGACGCAAGAGGUCAUUAUGGAUAAUGAUGAGUAUACUGCAGCUGAUACUGAAUGUGAGAACAGAGUAACUGGGGAUAUUUUGGUACAUGAUGUGAACGAAAGUGACACAGAAAGUGAAAAUUUUGAGGUAGUAGGGACACUGGCCAGUGAAGAGAAUCAAAAUAUAGAAGUAUCGAGGAUUUCUCCCUUACAUGAAAACACUUUAGAAGAAAUGCAAGAUGGAAACCAAAUUUCCAGCCAAACUGUCACAUCUGAACCCUUUACUUUGAACAAUGCUGCUGGAGAAAUUCCAAAAACCGAGAACGAAGACUCCUUUGAAAGUACUUCAAAACAAAUUGAAUUCCAAGUGAAAACUGAAUCACAGCCAGUAGAAAUUACAUCCUCGGAACAAAAACCCCUGCUACCGGAACAAAGUACCCUACUAUUGGAACAAAAACCCCUACUACCGGAAGAAAGUACCCUACUAUCGGAACAAGAUACCCUACUAUCGGAACAAAGUGCCCCAUUAUUGGAACAAUGUUCCCAAUUAUCGGAACAAAGUACAGCUUCUGAGCAAACGUCACUAUCGGAAGAAUUCUUACCGGAACAAGAACCCUUACCGGAAGAGGAGCGCCUACAGGAACAAGAACCCUUACAGGAACAAGAACCCCUACAGGAACAAGAACCCCUACAGGAACAAGAACCCCUAUCGGAAGAAGAACCGUUAUCGGAACAAGGCACUCUGCAGGAACACGAAAUCGUAUCCCAGCCAGGGACUAGUCAGACAACCCAACCCCCCAGUUUUAUUGGAAAUGAAUAUACUACUGAUAGUAACAUUGAACCUGACCAAGGGGGUUGUGAACCAGGUCCUGGUGUGUCUACAGAGCCGUCAAGAUUUUUUAGCGCAGGAUUUUUUUCUCCUGCUCACAGUAGACAAGAUUCGUUAAUUGUUGAAUUAGGAGAGGACUCUAUGAGUGAGCGACUGCAGUCUAUUCAAUCAGAUCUGCUGGACAGGGGGGAGACGGCCUCCCAAAUGGACUCGUGUCGAUCAUUGUCCGAAUGGAGCGACGGUGACGUUGGUGAACCCAGUUCAAAGAGAUUGAAAACAGAUGAUGUAAGUUUGUUUUUUCAUUUUAUUUUCGUUUGAUCAAGCAAUGAAAGUUGAGAAAACUCUCAUGUAAACUCUCGCUUGUCAACUCUCGUACAAUUCUUGUUCUCGUUUGGUCAAGCAAUGAAAAUUGAGAAAACUCUCGACAUGUAAACUCUCGCUUCUCAACUCUCGUACAACUCUUGUUCUCGUUUGAUCAAGCAAUGAAAGUUGAGAAAACUCUCGACAUGUAAACUCUCGCUUCUCGAGCUCAACUCUCAUGCAACUGUUGUUCUCGUUUGAUCGGGCAUACCCUGGUUCCAGAGGUUUAUUUUUAUAAAAUAAUAAAAAUAAACCUCUGGAAUCAGCGUAGAUCAGCAAUGAAAGUUGAGAAAACUCUCAUGUAAACACUCGCUUCUCAACUUUUAUGCAAUUCUUAUUCUCGUUUGAUGAAGCAAUGAAAAUUGAUGAAACUCUCAUGAUGUAAACUCUCGCUCGUCAACUCUCAUGCAACUCUUGUUCUCGUUUAAUCAAGCAAUGAAGGUUGAGGAAACUCUCAUGCAAACUCUCGCUUCUCAACUCUAAUAAAACUGAAUCAAACGAGAAUUGACAAGGAGAGUUUACAUGAGAGUUUAAUAAACUUUAUGCCUCUCAUACAAACUCGCUGGACACUAAGUAAUUCAUUGAAUGUAAUUUUUCUUCCCAACAUCUUCAGGACAUAGAAAAGAUAGAGUUUGACGUCUUAGCAGAGCAUCGUAAUUGGUGUCCAUGGGUGACAGCUGUGCCCAGUGCAAGAAAUACGACAGAAAAUAUCCAGAAAUCGCCUGGAUGGCAGAUCUUACUUGAACAAUUAAUUCAAUCCCCACCGCCUGGAAAACAGCCUGUAGCGAAACAGGUGAGAUACGAUUUUAUUUCUUUUGAUGUGGUGUUACAGUAAAACCCCGCAUAUAAGAACCUACACACGUAAAAAUCUCACAACUUGUCAACAAGAUGUGUUCGCAACAGGCUUGUAGCAAGCUUGUCAACGAUUUGUAACAAUGCUGUUAUUUUAUCAAGUUACUACACAAGGUUGUCACUCACAAUUUGUUGACAAAUUGUUGAAUUGCAGGAUGAUAACAAGUUGUUGGAACAACUUGUAACAAGUCUGUUGAGCUCAACAACCUUAUAGCAAGUUGACAACAAGCAGUGCGAACACAUCCUGUUGACAAGUUGUUGCAACAGCAUUGCUACAAGUCUGCUGCAGGUUUGUUGUACGUGUGUAGAAUUUUCCAAGUUAUCCUAAACAGCGACUCGUUUUAGGGAGGUAAGGUAUACGAUUUAAAAACAGUAAAUUAUGCACAAAUUAGGUUCUUAUAUGCGCGGUGUUACUGAAUUGUGUGUUUCAAUGUUUCAAAAUCAGUUUCUCAAAUGUGUUUAUAUUUUUAGACACCACCCACCCAAGUAUGGAAAUCAGUCCGUCGUCUAUUUCACGACUGUCAGACUACGAUCAUGCGCAGUACGAAAUCACAUGUCCUUGAAGGAAAAGUUUGAUCGAAUUGGAAACACUGAAAGAAUCGUUUAAAGUUUACUGGAAUAUCUUAACCAACUCGAGAUCAGUCUAGUUGUGACACAGAGUAAUUUACAUACAGAGGUCUCGCUUCGCGAAAAAAUCGUAAGGUAUUUUACUGCGCGUGUCUGGCGGCCAUGUUCUUAGCAAAAGUUCUUAGCAUUCACCCCCCUGGAACAUUAAAUUUCAAUAUGUUUUCAGGGGGGCGACGCCCUCUCUUUAGGGCACUUGCUAAGAACAUGGGCCAUGGCGAACUGGAAAAAUUCCUUACACUAAAUUAACCUGAAGUGAGACCUCUGUACGUAAGUAUUCUGUGGAGGUGAUCUGGAAACUCGACCAAGGCCAAAGGCAAUGCUUUUACUACGCACGCCAAAAUUUGCGAAAAUAGUAUUCUAAUUAAAAAACGACCCAUCUUAUGAGUUCAUUGGCGAAGUAAUUUUAAAAAUCAACGUUGUCUAAGCCGAGAAAAUCAUUUAUGUAAAUGAACAUGAUUUAUAUCACAAAUGAAACCACCGUGAAUUAUUAAUGAGUUUUUUAAUCAAAAACACUUUAGCGUUUGCCAAGUUUCCAGACCCUAUCUCGACUGACUGACUUUUUUUUUAACAUGCUAUUUUAUCCAAAGCAAAGCUAAACAUAUAUAUUUUAUUUGACAUUUAUUUUAGUUCAUAUUAAAAGGCAGUUUUUUCAAUGACAGUGUCGCGUAUUUGCGGCGAAAAAGUGUUUUAAAACGUAAAAUCUUUUUGGCGUUCCUCUCAAAAUUACUUUGUUUUAAUUCUAUUUUGUAGUUUACACAGUUAGCAACCUUUUUAAACCAAUUUGCGUGUGUAAUUCUCAGCAACUUAUACCACCAACUAUACACGCGUGAAAAUCUCGCAUCUUGUAGCAAGUCUGCCAACAAGCCGUCAACAAGUUGUGUUCGCACUGCUUGUCCCAAGUUGUCAACAAGUAUGGAACAAGCUGUUGACAACUUGUAACAACCUCGUUAAUAUUAUCAGACUUGUUGCAAAUGAAGGUUUUUCCAACGAGUCCGAUACAGUCAUGAUAUAACAAUAUUGUUACAACCUUGUGUCGUCAACCUUGUAACAUUCUUGUUAUAUCAUGACUGUAUCAGACUUGUUACAACAACCUUGUAACAAGUCUGACAAUGCCAUCAAGCUUGUUACAAGUUGUUAUUAGCUUGUUCCAAACUUGUUACAACAACUGGGAACAAGCAGUGCGAACACAACUUGUUGACAGCUUGUGUAGUACAUCUUAUAAGAUGGCUGUUGUAAUAAUAAUACUCUUAUCUUUUUAAAAUUAUAUAUGUGCUUCUAAAUAUAAGACAUAUAGAACUGUAUUUCGCAUUAACUUUUUUAAGACUCUUGUAAGAACUUUUUAUCAAAUUUUCAAC